AUGGUCUCUAGAAAGUCCCCAAAAUCUUAUACUUCCCGCUCUAACUGUAAUUCCGCAUCCACCAGUAACCAUCCCCCUCUUGUCCAUGAUACCACACCAAUUACUCAACCACCUGAGACUAUGAAUAAUUCUCCACCCAAUGGUCAAGACAACACUUCACUUGCUUCACACCCACCUGAGAUUGUUAAUUCAGGGAAGGGGAAAGAAAUUUGCUUAUAUGUGGACCUCUCAUUGCCUUGUAUUCCUGGAAGGACUAAGAGUCCUGAACCCCUGGCCACAGCUAAUUCCUUUGAUGUUCUCUCUUUUGAAAACUUAGAGGAGAAUGGGGAAGAUGUAGGUGAUGAAAUAGAGCAGUCCUCAGCUUGUGAGAGUGAUAAUUAUGAUCCAGCUUACUCUCCAGUGGAGGGUCGAAUGAUACAACAAAGGAAACCAAAAUUCUCAAAAAAUAAGAAGAAGCAUGCUAACACUGCUUUGGAAAGGAAAGGUUUGUGGAGAUGUCUUAACCUACAUGGUCAAGCUAAUGUGCCUUGGGUCCUUUUGGGUGAUUUUAAUGUAUUGCUUCAUGUCAAUGAUUCCUUUGGUGGUGCUCUCAGUUGGACUCCUGGAAUGGAGGACUUCAAGACCUGCUUGAAUAAGAAUGAGCUUGAAGAUUUAAGAUAUCAUGGUAUUUUUCACUCUUGGACUAACAAAAGCUUUGGAUGUGCAAAUAUUUCAAGAAAGUUAGAUAGAGUGUUGGCUAAUCAAGCUUGGAUGGCAAAAUUUCCUCAGUUUGAAUGUUGCUUCAAGCCGUGGGGAGUCUCAGAUCAUGCUCCAAUGAUAAUGAGCAUUGGUGAAGUUAGUGUGAAAAGGAACCUGCCUUUUAGAUUUUUCAAUUUCUGGACUCAACACAGGGAUUUUCUCUCAAUUGUGUCUCAAGGGUGGCAGCUAGAGGUUCAUGGUUCUAAAAUGUUUAGAGUUGUGCAGAAGCUUAGAGCUCUGAAGGGACCUCUUAAGCAGCUUAACAAGAAAGAAUUCAGUGAUAUUUCUGCCAGAGUUCAGGCUUGUAGAGAGGACCUAUAUUCUUGUCAAUCCAACUUAGACCUUAAUCCCAUGGAUGAUCAGCUAAGAAGCAAAGAAAAGGAACUGGUAGGCAAAUUUUCUGAAUGGUGUUUAGCUGAGGAGUUAUUCUACAAACAAAAGGCUCAAAUACACUGGUUGAAAGAAGGGGAUCAGAAUACCUUUUUCUUCAUGAAAAAUUUCUCCACAAAGUGUAAUAGGAGAAAAGUGGAAACUUUAACAAGCACUGAUGGGGUUCAGCUUCAUGAUGAUGUCUUAUUGUUCUCUCAUGGGAGUUUGUCCUCAGUUCAGAUUGUCUUCCAGGCCCUUAAACAAUUCCUUGAAUUUUCUGGUUUAAGCAUAAACCUAUUAAAGAGCUUUGCCUUUUUCUCUGGUGUUGAUGGUCAAACCAAAGCUGAUAUUUUAGCCUUACUUCAAUUUGGAACUGGUUCAUUGCCAGUAUCAUACCUGGGAUUACCACUUACAUCAAAAACCCUUAGCUCAACAGAUUGUACUUCCCUUAUAGAGAAAAUCACGGCAAGAGUGAAAAGAUGGACUUUAAGGUUUUUUUCCUUUGCUGGCAGAACUGUUCUUGUUAAAUCCAUACUCUGUUCUAUGCAAAGCUACUGGGCACAAGCUUUUGUCUUACCUAAGAAGGUCAUUGAAGAUGUUAAUAGAGUUUUAAAGAGAUUUCUCUGGUCAGGCCCUGAACUGAAGGCUUCUUGUGCUAAGGUGGCAUGGGAUAUGGUUUGUAGGCUAAUUUGA